AUGCUGACAGACGGCGGCGGCGGGAGCGGCGGCGGCGGCUCCUUCGAGGAGGACCUGGACUCUGUGACUCCGCGCUCGGCCCCGGCCGGGGCCUCGGAGCCACCUCCACCGGGAGGGGUCGGGCUGGGGCUCCGCACCGUGCGACUCUUCGGGGAGGCCGGGCCCGCGCCGGGUGGCGGUGGUAGCGGUGGUGGCGGCGGUGUCGGUGGCAGUAGUGGAGGUGGAGGUGGCGGUGGCAGCGCGGGCGGAGGGGACGCGGCGCUGGAUUUCAAGCUGGCAGCCGCCGUGCUCCGGACCGGGGGUGGCGGUGGCGGCGGCGGCGGCGGCGGCGGUUCCGGCAGUGAUGAAGAUGAGGUCUCGGAGGUUGAGUCAUUUAUUUUGGACCAAGAAGAUCUGGAUAACCCAGUGCUUAAAACAACAUCAGAGUUAUUCUUAUCGAGCGCAGCAGAAGGGACAGAUUUACGCACAGUGGAUCCAGAGACACAAGCAAGAUUAGAAGCAUUGUUGGAAGCAGCAGGAAUUGGUAAAUUGUCAACUGCCGAUGGUAAAGCCUUCGCAGAUCCUGAGGUGCUCCGAAGACUGACUUCUUCUGUCAGCUGUGCGUUGGAUGAAGCAGCUGCUGCUUUAACACGAAUGAGAGCAGAGAACAGUCAUAAUGCAGGACAAGUGGACAAUCGCAGUUUGGCAGAAGCUUGUUCAGAUGGGGAUGUGAAUGCUGUCCGCAAAUUGCUAGAUGAAGGAAGAAAUGUAAAUGAGCAUACUGAAGAAGGAGAAAGUUUGCUUUGUUUGGCUUGUUCAGCAGGGUACUAUGAAUUGGCACAAGUAUUGCUUGCUAUGCAUGCAAAUGUUGAAGAUCGAGGGAAUAAAGGAGACAUAACUCCUCUAAUGGCAGCUGCCAGUGGAGGCUAUGUAGACAUUGUGAAGCUGUUGCUUGUUCAUUGUGCAGAUGUCAAUGCCCAAUCUUCAACAGGAAACACAGCACUAACUUAUGCUUGUGCUGGGGGAUUUGUGGACAUUGUAAAAGUGCUGCUGAAAGCAGGAGCUAAUAUAGAGGAUCACAAUGAAAAUGGACAUACCCCCUUAAUGGAAGCAGCCAGUGCUGGUCAUGUGGAAGUUGCUAGAGUUCUCCUGGAGUAUGGGGCAGGCAUCAACACUCACUCAAAUGAAUUCAAAGAGAGUGCACUUACACUUGCUUGUUAUAAAGGCCAUUUAGAUAUGGUUCGUUUUCUGCUUGAAGCUGGUGCAGAUCAAGAACACAAAACUGAUGAGAUGCACACAGCUCUAAUGGAGGCCUGCAUGGACGGACAUGUAGAGGUAGCACGUCUACUUUUGGAUAGUGGUGCUCAAGUGAAUAUGCCUGCAGAUUCAUUUGAGUCUCCACUAACAUUAGCAGCUUGUGGUGGACAUGUUGAGUUAGCAGCUUUAUUGAUAGAAAGGGGAGCAAAUCUUGAAGAAGUUAAUGAUGAAGGUUAUACUCCCUUGAUGGAAGCUGCUCGUGAAGGACAUGAAGAGAUGGUGGCCCUCCUAUUAGCACAAGGAGCAAAUAUAAAUGCACAGACAGAAGAAACACAAGAAACUGCUCUUACUCUAGCAUGCUGUGGAGGAUUUUCUGAAGUAGCUGAUUUCCUAAUUAAGGCUGGGGCUGAUAUUGAACUCGGGUGCUCAACACCUUUAAUGGAGGCUGCUCAAGAGGGGCACCUUGAGUUAGUCAAAUAUUUGCUGGCAGCAGGGGCUAAUGUUCAUGCCACAACAGCAACAGGAGACACAGCUCUGACCUAUGCUUGUGAAAAUGGGCAUACUGACGUUGCAGAUGUGCUACUUCAAGCAGGGGCUGACUUAGAGCAUGAAUCUGAAGGUGGGAGAACUCCUUUAAUGAAAGCUGCCAGAGCUGGUCAUUUGUGUACUGUACAAUUUCUUAUUAGCAAAGGUGCUAAUGUGAAUAGAGCUACAGCUAAUAAUGACCAUACAGUAGUGUCACUGGCAUGUGCAGGAGGCCAUCUGGCAGUUGUUGAACUACUCCUGGCCCAUGGAGCUGACCCUACUCAUCGACUCAAGGAUGGCUCCACAAUGCUUAUUGAAGCUGCAAAGGGUGGUCAUACCAAUGUUGUUUCUUAUUUGCUUGAUUAUCCAAACAACAUUCUCUCAGUUCCUGCCACAGACAUGUCUCAGCUUACCCCACCUUCUCAGGAUCAAUCUCAGGUUCCACGUGUACCAGUGCAUGCACUUGCCAUGGUUGUACCUCCCCAGGAACCUGAUAGAGCCCCUCAAGAUAGCUCCCCAACAGUCUUGGGAGUACAGAAAGGUACAUCCAAGCAGAAGUCAAGUUCCCUGCAGGUAGCAGAUCAGGAUCUACUGCCAUCUUUUCACCCCUACCAGCCUUUGGAAUGCAUAGUAGAGGAGACUGAAGGCAAGCUAAAUGAACUGGGACAAAGGAUUAGUGCUAUUGAAAAAGCACAACUGAAAUCAUUGGAGUUAAUUCAAGGUGAACCUCUGAACAAAGAUAAGAUAGAAGAACUUAAAAAGAACAGAGAAGAACAAGUCCAGAAGAAAAAGAAAAUUCUGAAGGAACUGCAGAAAGUGGAAAGGCAAUUACAAAUGAAAACACAACAGCAAUUUACCAAAGAAUACCUGGAGACCAAAGGUCAGACAGAUACAUCACAGCAACAGUGUCCUCACAGAAGUGUCUUUCCAGAAGGGGAAGAAGAUGAUAGUAUCUCAGAGGGUAAUUUUUCAGUGUUACCUCAGGUUGAUGCAGUCUUAUCUAAGGAGGAAGAUGAUGAUAAUGAACAACAGUCUCCACCACCUGCAGAACAAAUUGAUUUUGUCCCUGUCCAGCCUUUACCAUCUUCACAGUGUAACUUUUCUGGUGACUUAGGUUAUAAUGGGACAAAUUCUCUUGAACUUCAGAAAGCAUUAGGUAAUCAGCAGAAUGUAGGACAACAACAGAUUGCUGGACAUGGGCAGGGACUGUUAGUUCAAGAACCAGAUGGACUAAUGGUUGCAACUCCAGCACAGACGCUUACCGACACUCUUGAUGACCUGAUAGCAGCUGUGAGUAGCAGAGUGCCCACUGGUUCCAACAGUUCUUCUCACACUACAGAAUCCCCUACACCUGAACCCUGUUCACAGACUCCAAGCAACGCGGCUUCCCAGCCAAUGCUCCCUAUGUAUCCUUCAGUUGACAUUGAUGCCCAUACGGAGAGUAAUCAUGACACUGCGUUAACGCUUGCCUGUGCAGGUGGUCAUGAAGAACUUGUGUCGGUAUUAAUUGCACGAGAUGCAAAAAUUGAACACAGAGACAAGAAAGGUUUUACCCCACUGAUACUAGCAGCAACUGCUGGGCAUGUUGGAGUAGUGGAAAUUCUUUUAGAUAAAGGUGGAGACAUAGAAGCACAGUCUGAACGCACUAAGGACACCCCACUUUCACUUGCAUGUUCUGGUGGACGUCAAGAGGUAGUUGACUUGCUGCUGGCUCGAGGGGCAAAUAAAGAACAUAGGAAUGUGUCAGAUUAUACACCAUUGAGUCUGGCAGCAUCUGGGGGAUAUGUCAAUAUCAUUAAGAUUCUGCUUAAUGCUGGGGCAGAAAUUAACUCCCGGACUGGGAGUAAACUAGGCAUUUCUCCUCUCAUGUUGGCUGCCAUGAAUGGGCAUGUUCCUGCAGUGAAGCUGUUGCUUGAUAUGGGUUCUGAUAUUAAUGCUCAGAUAGAGACCAAUCGGAACACAGCGCUUACUCUGGCCUGUUUCCAGGGACGAGCAGAGGUAGUCAGUUUGCUUUUGGACCGAAAAGCAAAUGUUGAGCAUAGAGCAAAGACUGGCCUUACCCCUUUGAUGGAAGCAGCUUCAGGAGGGUAUGCAGAAGUUGGAAGAGUUCUCCUUGAUAAAGGAGCAGAUGUCAAUGCUCCUCCUGUGCCUUCUUCACGAGAUACAGCUUUAACAAUAGCAGCAGACAAAGGCCACUACAAAUUCUGCGAGCUACUUAUUAAUAGGGGAGCCCAUAUUGAUGUUCGUAACAAGAAAGGAAACACACCACUCUGGCUGGCAGCAAAUGGUGGUCACUUUGAUGUGGUGCAGUUGCUUGUGCAAGCAGGUGCUGAUGUGGAUGCUGCAGAUAAUCGGAAGAUUACACCUCUCAUGUCAGCAUUUCGCAAGGGCCAUGUAAAAGUUGUGCAGUAUUUGGUGAAAGAAGUCAAUCAAUUUCCCUCAGAUAUUGAAUGCAUGAGAUACAUAGCAACUAUCACUGAUAAGGAACUGUUGAAAAAAUGUCACCAGUGUGUUGAGACAAUUGUGAAAGCUAAAGACCAGCAAGCUGCUGAAGCAAAUAAGAAUGCAAGUAUUCUGUUGAAGGAGCUUGAUCUGGAAAAGUCAAGAGAGGAGAGCAGAAAACAAGCUCUUGCAGCUAAGAGGGAGAAAAGAAAGGAAAAAAGAAAAAAGAAGAAAGAGGAACAAAAAAGAAAGCAGGAAGAAGAUGAAGAAAACAAACCUAAGGAAAAUUUAGAGUUACCAGAGGAUGAUGAUGAAGAGGAGAAUGAUGAUGAAGAGCAAGAAGUUCCCAUAGAGCCUCCUAGUGCAACCACUACCACUACAAUUGGGAUCUCUGCCACAUCUACUACAUUUACCAGUGUGUUUGGGAAAAAGAGGGCUAAUGUGGUAACAACCCCCAGCACCAAUCGAAAAAAUAAGAAAAACAAAACAAAAGAGACACCUCCAACUGUGCAUUUAAUUUUGCCAGAUCAACAUAUAUCACUUGCACAACAAAAGGCAGAUAAAAAUAAAAUAAAUGGAGAACCAAGAGGUGGUGGUCCAGGUGGGAAUAGUGAUUCUGAUAACCUGGAUAGCACAGAUUGUAACAGCGAGAGUAGCAGUGGUGGUAAAAGCCAAGAGUUAAACUUCACAAUGGAUGUAAAUUCAUCUGGUGAUAGAAGAUAUACAUCACUGUUAAUUCAUUCUCAUGAAGAAAAGACCAGCACUACUACUUCCAAAAUUCAAACAAGAAUUGAAGGUGAAGUUAAUCCUAAUUCGUUGUCAACAAACUAUAAAUCAGUGUCAUUGCCAGUGAGUUCUCCAAACAUAAAGCUAAAUCUUACUAGCCCUAAGAGAGGCCAGAAGAGAGAAGAAGGAUGGAAAGAAGUUGUGCGAAGGUCAAAGAAAUUGUCUGUCCCUGCUUCAGUUGUGUCCAGGAUAAUGGGAAGAGGUGGAUGCAACAUCACUGCAAUACAAGAUGUCACUGGUGCACAUAUUGAUGUGGAUAAACAGAAAGAUAAGAAUGGUGAAAGAAUGAUCACAAUAAGAGGUGGCACAGAGUCAACAAGGUAUGCAGUUCAACUUAUUAAUGCUCUUAUUCAAGAUCCUGCUAAGGAACUAGAAGACUUAAUCCCUAAAAAUCACAUCAGAACCCCUGCCAGCACCAAAUCAAUUCAUGCAAAUUUUUCAUCUGGAGUAGGUACUACAGCUGCUUCAAACAAAAAUGCAUUUCCAUUGGGUGCUCCAGCUCUUGUAACUUCACAGGCGACAACACUAUCUACUUUCCAGCCCCCCAAUAAACUGAAUAAGAACGUUCCAGCAAAUGUACGUUCUUCUUUCCCAGUUUCUCUUCCUUUAGCUUAUUCCCAUCCUCAUUUUGCUUUGUUGGCUGCCCAAACUAUGCAACAGAUCCGGCAUCCUCGCUUACCUAUGGCCCAGUUUGGAGGAACCUUUUCACCCUCUCCUAAUACUUGGGGACCAUUCCCAGUGAGACCAGUUAACCCUGGAAGUACAAAUAGUUCUCCAAAGCAUAACAAUGCAGGUCGCCUGCCUAACCAAAAUGGAAAUAUUUUACAGUCAGAGUCUACUGGACUAUCUGCUGCCAGUUGUCCUAUCACUGUGUCUUCUGUAGUUGCUACCAACCAACCUCUAUGUGUUCCUAAUAGCCGGACUCCUUCAUCAGUCAGAAAGCAGUUGUUUGCCUGUGUUCCUAAGACAAGUACCAUGGCAACAGUGAUCUCUACUGUGACAAGCACCUGUAGUUCUCUGCCUUCUGUUUCGUCUGCAUCUGUCAACAGUGGACAAGUUCCCACAGCAUUUCUGCCCUCUAGUGCUCCACAAACACAACUUUCUGCACACAAAACAGACUCUUUCUCUGCUGUAUCAACUCCCAAAGAGAAGGUAUCCACGCAAGACCAACCUGUGGGAAACCUGUGUACCCCAUCUUCAGUUGCAAAUAAUUGUAGUAUCUCUGCCAGCAACAACCCAGGAGCCCUGGAAACCUGCUCUUCUAGUAGUCCUGCUCCUCUCAAUAACACACAGGAGGAGGUACUGCCAGCAAACAUAUCUGAUUUAAGUCCUAUGUCAUUGCCUUUUGCAUCUAACUCAGAGCCUGCCCCAUUAAGCUUAGCAUCUCCUCGAUCAGUUGCUGCUGAUAAUCAGGACACCAGUAAUUUACCUCAAUUAGCUGUACCAGCACCUCGAGUUUCUCACCGAAUGCAGCCUAGAGGUUCUUUUUAUUCAGUGGUACCUAAUGCAACUGUACACCAGGAUCCACAGUCUAUUUUUGUUACAAAUCCAGUUCCUUUAACACCACCUCAAGGUCCACCAGCUGCAGUGCAGCUAUCCUCAGCCAUGAGCAUUAUGAACGGUUCUCAGAUGCACAUUAACCCAGCAAAUAAAUCUUUGCCACCUACGUUUGGUCCAGCCACACUCUUCAAUCACUUUAGUAGUCUUUUUGAUAGUAACCAGGUGCCAGCUAACCAGGGUUGGGGAGACUGCCCACUGUCUUCACGAGCUGCCACAGAUCCAUCUUUCACUGUUCAGUCAGCUUUCCUUGGUAACUCCAUUCUUGGACACUUAGAAAAUGUGCAUCCUGAUAACUCCAAGGCACCUGGAUUCAGACCACCUUCCCAGCGAGUUUCUACUAGUCCAGUUGGAUUACCAUCCAUUGAUCCAUCUGGAAGCUCCCCAUCUUCAUCUUCAGCUCCUCUGACAAGUUUUUCCAACAUACAAGGAACACGGGUUUUUCUACAAGGUCCAGCACCUGUUGGGACUCCAAGUUUCAACAGACAACAUUUUUCACCCCAUCCUUGGACAAGUGCUUCAAAUUCAUGUGACUCUCCUAUUCCAUCUGUUUCCUCGGGAUCAUCUUCACCCCUUUCAGCUACUUCUGCACCACCAACAUUAAGCCAGCCAAAAGGAGGCAACCCCAAUCAGGAUAGAAAGGUACCUCCCCCGAUUGGAACAGAGAGACUUGCUCGGAUUCGACAAGGAGGUUCUGUUACACCAACGCCUCUGGGAACUAAUUUCACAGCACCUGUUGGACAUAGUGGUAUCUGGUCCUUUGGCGUCAAUAGCGUGUCAGAAGGCCUUUCUGGUUGGUCACAGCCUGUGAUGGGGAAUCACCCACUGCAUCAGCAGCUCUCAGACCCAGGCACCUUCUCCCAGCACCAGCCAAUGGAAAGAGAUGAUUCAGGAAUGGUGGCUCCCUCUAACAUUUUCCAUCAGCCUAUGGCAAGCAGUUUUGUGGAUUUUUCUAAAGUAAGGAUCUAAAAUUUACUGAAUGUGGAAUUGUCCAUGUAGACCUUUUUGAAAAUCCUAGCAAGCUUAAGGGUAAUUUUUUUUUUCAUUUUUGAGAUUAAAUAUCCCUUUCUGUGGAGUUCACAUAAACUCAAAUCUUUGCCGGUCAUUUUGCUUCAUUUACUAAGUGUGCUGUGUCUUUCAAAAUCCUGGGAGGCUUAAAUAAAUGCUAGUUGACUGUGUUACUAGCAGUAACUUAUUGUGUACAAAAGGAUGUUCUCAUGGAUUAUGAUAAUGAUAAAGAAUACAGGUCUUGAAACCAGAGAGCCUGAAUUCAGAUUCUGGCUCUGCUGCUUGCGCUAGCGCUCUCACUCUUGCGUUCUCUCUCUCUCUCUCUCUCUCGCCGUAUCUAAAUCAAGUUAGCCUGUUGGCAUCAUUUUCCUUUAUCUGUAAAUGAGGUUGGUCUAGCUGAUACUGAGGGUCUUUUCUAAUUCUACUUCUAUAAUCUUUUGACCUU